AAGCAAUGAAUGAGCCUCGUGUUUUCCUGUCUAGUUUCAUGUCUAUGAUCUGCCUACGGCAUCACAGGAUUUUCGUCAACAAUGAGAGUACUUCCGGAUAUGGAUGGUUGCGUUAAGCCCUGCAUUUAACAGCUCGGCGGCCGGUUAACUGUAAAAUAGCAAAGCGCUUGAACGUUAGAUUGUAGAAAUGACGUUAGGUUGUUGCAAUAUAUCCCCGAUACUCCAUUUUGAUAGGUAGCUAACUGAUUGGGUAGCUUCCUGGUAGAAGUUCAGGUCCAAGUUUCCGUUAUUUCGCACUACAGUAUUUGCUAGCUAGCUAGUUACCCAGUUUAGCUGUCACAUCGUUCAGAAUCCGUUUUGUGUUGACAUCAAUGGGAAUGAAUCGCUUAUGACGAAGUGAAAUCUGCCAUAACCAUCUUUACCUGCGUUGCAUUAUGCCUGUCGUCCUCGCUACGAAACCGGUUUUGCUUACAGUGCUGCUGCUGCUGCUAGCUUCUGUAUGUUGGGUGCGUGGUAGGAUAAAAGAUUCGCAGGACUUUGAAGCACAGGAAGAUGGCCAAGAAUUUGCCACGUUACGCUCCAUGCUGGCAGAAUUUGAGGUGCUUCCGGUGUCCGGCCUGGUUCAGCACUCAGUCAGGAAGCGGGAAGUCCAGACGCAGUCUCAGGCCGAGCGCCUGCUCAGUUUCACAGCCCUCAACAGACACUUUAAGCUAUAUUUAGUGACAAAUACAGAGCUCUUCACCAGAGACUUUGAAGCGGUGGUAGUGGACAGCCGAGGAGAGAACCAUUAUGAGGUGCAGACGCACAACUUCUUCACUGGACAUGUUGUAGGAGAGGAGCACUCUCGGGUGCAGGCCCAUAUUGACGGAGAUGACUUUUCCGCCCACAUCUUGACCCGCGAGGCUGAAUACAACAUAGAGCCGCUCUGGAGGUUCACAGAGGCGCCCUCUGGUGGUCGGCUCCUGGUGUAUCGCUCUCAGGACAUCAGGAACAUCUCUCGGCUCGCCUCGCCCAAGGUGUGCGGCUACCUGGACGUCAAAGCGGCCGGGCUUCUCCCUGAUGGGGUACAAUCGUCUGCAGAGGAGGAUGACAAACGGCAGCCCCUCAGAGGGAAGCGUCAGGCUCAUGACCACAGGAAGAACACCUGCCCCCUGCUGCUGGUGGCCGACUACCGCUUCUUCCAGAACAUGGGCCGCGGAGAGGAGAGCAUCACUCUCAACUACCUGAUUGAGCUGAUGGACAGGGUAGAUGACAUCUACAGGAACACGUCGUGGGAUGAGGAGUAUAAAGGAUACGGAGUCCAAAUCCAACAGAUCAUCAUUAAUAAGGAGCCAACCCUGGUGCCUGAAGGGGGUGCUCACUUCAACAUGCAGGGAAGUCCUACCGAGGGCAAGGAGGUGUGGGAUGUAAAAAGGCUCCUGGAGCAAUUUAGCUCGGACAUCGCAGACAACGCCUCCACCGUGUGUCUGGCGCACCUGUUCACCUACCAGGACUUUGACGAGGGGACCUUGGGCCUGGCCUACGUCGCCCCCUCAAAGGCCCACUCCAUGGGGGGUCUCUGCCCCAAAGUGUACUAUCCCCCAGGGUCUCCCAAGAAGCCCAGUUACUUGAACACUGGAUUAACCAGCACAAGGAAUUAUGGGAAAACUAUUCUAACCAAGGAAGCAGAUUUAGUCACCACACAUGAGUUGGGUCACAACUUUGGAGCUGAACAUGACCCUGACAACGUCCCUCACUGUGCACCCAGUGACGAUCAUGGUGGGAAAUAUGUUAUGUAUCCUAUUGCAGUGAGUGGAGACCACAUCAACAACAAGAGAUUCUCUAACUGCAGUAAGAUUUCCAUUGGGAAGACUCUUCGGCACAAGGCGCCCGUGUGCUUCCGGGAGAGGAACAGCCGGGUGUGUGGGAACUCUCGGGUGGAGGAGGGCGAGGAGUGUGACCCGGGCCUGCUGCACCUAAAUGACGACCGCUGCUGUACCUCCACCUGCAGGUUCAAGCCCCACGUGCAGUGCAGUGAUAGGAACAGCCCGUGCUGCCGCAGCUGUAUGUUCGAGGAGGAGGGGAAGCGAUGCCAGGAGGCCAUCAAUGCUACCUGCAAAGGCACAUCUAACUGCACAGGUAACAGCAGUGAAUGCCCGCCCCCAGUCAACGCCCCCAACGGCACAAUCUGCGUAGACAUGGGGCGUUGCCAGGACGGCGAGUGCAUCCCCUUCUGCGAGGCUGAGGAGAAACUCAGGUCCUGUGCCUGUAAUGAAACGGAUGACUCCUGUAAAGUGUGCUGCAGAAACGCAGAUGGAAUCUGCACCCCAUUCAGGAAGCGCAAAGGGGACUUCCUCUUCUUGCGGAAGGGCAAGCCCUGCACCGUGGGCUUCUGUGAUGAGUCUGGGAAGUGUAUGAAGCAGGUCCAGGAUGUGGUUGAGAGGUUGUGGGACUUCAUUGAUAAACUGGAUAUAAACACAUUUGGGAAGUUCCUGGCAGAUAACAUCGUAGGCUCUGUCGUCGUGUUCUCUCUCUUGUUCUGGAUCCCUCUCAGUAUCCUGGUGCACUGCGUGGAUAAGAGUCUGGAUAAGCAGUAUGAGCAGAAUACCAAGAAUCAGUUUUUCCCCAGUAUGGUGGAGGAGUUUAGUAGACCUCCAGCAACAGAACGCGGAGAUGCUGAGCACUGUGGAGUCCGCAUCCGUACGCAUCAUCAAACCGCCUCUGGCCGCGUGGUCGGACGCCGGCGCCGGCCACACUCCGUCCUCUUACCAGCCCCUGGGCCCCGCCUCGUCCCCCACCGACCCACGCACGGCACCGUGCCCCACCGGCCUCCACCUGGCCCCCAUCCAGGAAGACCCCAGCCAAGGCCCAAAUCUUUCCCAGGGCCCCUUCCUCCCCAGCGGUACCGCCACAGCAUCCUACGCGGACCUGACCGAGCACUGCCCCCCACGCAGCCACAGGCCACACACCUUCCACCUGCACAGGCAGAACCGCAUCGACAGCCCGGAGACCGAGUACUGAACGCAGCCUGACCGCUCGUAUGCACAUGCACACACACGUACACACUUUACACUCGCACAGGCAGAACCGCAUCGACAGCCCAGAGACCGAGUACUGAACGCAGCCUGACCGCUCGUAUGCGCGCGCACACACACACACACACACACACGCGUACAUACACACUUUACACUCGCACAGGCAGAACCGCAUCGACAGCCCGGAGACCGAGUACUGAACGCAGCCUGACUGCUCGUAUGCGCACGCACGCACGCACGCACACACACACACACGCACACACACACACACACUUUACACUCGCACAGGCAGAACCGCAUUGACAGCCCGGAGACCGAGUACUGAAAGCAGCCUGACCGCUCGUAAGCACACGCACGCACACACACGUGCACACACACACACACACUUUACACUCGCACAGGCAGAACCGCAUUGACAGCCCGGAGACCGAGUACUGAAAGCAGCCUGACCGCUCGUAAGCACACGCACGCACACACGUGCACACACACACACACACACACACAAAGAGUUACUGUAUACAUACUAUACCCACCUCAGAGGAGUGGCUACACACACAACACAACAGGGGCGGGGUCUUCUCUGGGGUCAGAGGUGAAUUUGAGGCUGACCAAAAACAGGCUCAGGGCACAGCGCAUUAGCAAUCACUCUGCUGUGAUAUAGGUUAUUGCCUAUAUCUGUGUCAUAGCAUCUUGACGCCACAGGCUUCACUUAAAGCAGUGGUCACCAACCCUGUUCCUGGAGAUCUACCAUCCUGUAGGUUUUGAUUGGCACCUGAUUCUACUAAUGAGCAGCUCCACACGAUCUUUAGCGGUUGAAUUAGGUGUGCUUUGCUCAGUUUGGAGUGAAAACCAACAGGACAGGUGAUCUCCAGGAACAGGGUUGAUGACCCCUGACUUAGAGGGUUAAGGCCUAAUGAACCAGCGACAUUCACACUUGCAGACCGUGUUACAUGCACACUCCUGUCUUGCGGAUUUCCACUUUGCUUUUGUCACUUAAUUAAACGUAUUAAUUACUUGAAUGGGAUGGAACUUUAAUCAGGAAAUGCGCUGUUGAUUCAGCAAAAGAGUGUUUACAACCCCUUUGUCACAGAAAGCCAAAGGCGUGCUGUAAUCCGUGGCAUGAGAAUCCAGCUGCAUCACCACUGCAAGUUCACUAAGCCAGACCUCAGGCCUGUUUGCCCCUGGUCCAGAGUACAUAUGACUGUGGACUCCAGAUCCCCACAGAGGCUGUGCACUGCAGUGACAUGUGUAAUGGUCUCAGCACAGAGCUUUCAUUUUGUUUUUCUCCUUAGUUUGGCUCAUUAUCUUUUAAAUGUGCCCACAGCAUUUUGUAGUAGGGCUGGGCGAUAUAGCCAUCGCGGUAUAGCCACCAACUUUCUGAGCCAAAGUGAAAUCCUUCUGCGGGGAAAAAAGGCCACUCGUAUCUUUUCAAUGUUGAUUUGACAGCAACAGGGACAUGCUGUUUACAUGUGGUAGAUAAAAACAUGGAUACUACAAGGAUAAAGAGUGAAAACAUAAGCGAUGUGUUUUUCAAAACAAAUAGGCAAGUUAAAUAGAUACGAGUGACGUUUCAUUCGCCUUACCCGAUUUGCUAAGGUUAGAGGUUAACACUGGGCUGGUUACCAGUAAAACAGCACACUUCUGGAGUUACCAGGGCUGAUAAACAUGUAUACGCCAUUUUCCUUGUAAUGUGUGAUGCAGUCUCAUGCAGGUAUUCUGCACGAACAUUCCAAAGCUACUAAGUAACUUGUAAACUUGCUUGUUCAAUACUAGUGCAAGUGCAAUGAGAAGAAAGCCAUAUAGACUGGCAUAUUUGAGGGAAAUAUUCACAGCACAGUAAACACCACAGUAAUCAUCAACUUCUGAUGUUUUGGUCUGUUGGGCUCGGUUGCAGUAUGAACCCAGUGACACAAGUGGUUAGCACAUUUUUUUAGUGUAUUGCAUGACACAAUGCCACAAGUUUAACUUUAAAACAAAAGUCAAAACUUUAAUAAUCGUCUAUAAAUGGGUACAUUUAUGCUGCCGCCCAGUCAAUACUUUGUGUGCUGUCUGUGAUUAUUCAAGUAUUUUGUCUGACAAUGCCUUUGGUUGUGGUAAAUAGUGCCUUUCUGUAAUUCAGCCAAAAUACUGUAUGUAUGUUGUGAAAUUGACCACUAAUGUCUAGCUGAAUAACAAAAAAUGUGAGAUGUACCAGUGUCACUAUUAACACAAUUUACUGUACAGUUGAAAUUGCAGUGUUCUGUAUAAGUGGAUGCACUACUAUACCUUCCUGUUGCAAAGACUACUCAGUGUCUAAUGUUGCACUUAUCUCAGCAAUGGUCACAUGUUGUGCAAAAAGUUCCUUGCUGUGAAAUAAUUAUUAUUCGGUUGAGUACAUUCUGUAGUUGAGUUAGAGAGAAAGCUGGUGAAACAGGGCUCUGCCGACACAGUUAUAUCAGGUGAGAGCCCUCACUCAGUUUCUUCCUGUCACCACUAAAGCGUCCUGGUGCCAGCUGCAUACUUAUAACACUAAGUCAGUCAAAAAACUGACACUUGGUUGCGAAUGUUCCCUUUUUUAUUCUGGUUGAAGAUUAUGCACUUGCUUGAAUUAGAAUUGUAAGGAAACAAGCAACCAGCCUCACUUUACCAAACGUAAUGGGAACUCAGCAACUACAAAAAAUUACAUCUCAGUAUUUGUAGAACUUUUGCUUGCACUAUGUGCUCAGUGCUCACUUGUGUAUGGUUCUAUAUUACAAAAACAAUGCUUUAUUUUAUUGAAGGUGUUCUUCCAAAUCAGACUUGUGCUGAUUGUUCAACACAAAUGUCCAAAUAAAGAUUUAUUUUGAACCUC